CUGUUCUCCUGUUAGUUUCUGAAACAGAGGAUACAAACUCACAGGGAUGUCUUUGACUUUCGAGGGAAGAGUUGUGCUCGUCACCGGGGCCGGAGGAGGUCUCGGCAGAGAAUAUGCACUGGCUUUUGCUGAAAGAGGCGCCUCAGUUAUAGUGAAUGACCUUGGGGCCGACACUAAAGGGGGCGGAAAGAGUUCUGCCGCUGCGGAUAAGGUGGUGGAGGAGAUAAGAGCGAAGGGAGGCAAGGCCGUGGCGAACUAUGAUUCUGUGGAAGAUGGAGAAAAAUUGAUCCAAUCAGCAUUGGAUGCAUUUGGAAGAAUUGAUGUUCUUGUAAACAAUGCUGGGAUCCUUCGUGACCGAUCAUUUGCCCGGACGAGUGAUUUGGACUGGGACCUGAUUCACAGAGUUCACUUGAGAGGCUCCUUUUUGGUGACGCGAGCUGCCUGGAACCACAUGAAAAAUCAAAAGUUUGGCAGAAUCAUCAUGACCACUUCCGGCGCAGGCGUCUACGGAAACUUCGGCCAGGCCAACUACAGCGCCGCCAAGCUGGGCCUGCUGGGGCUGGCUAACACCUUGGCCAUCGAGGGACGCAAGUACAACAUCUACUGCAACACUAUUGCUCCUGUGGCCGGCUCCCGCCUCACAGAGACUGUCAUGCCCCCAGACCUUGUGGCAUCUCUGAAGCCUGAGUUUGUCGCUCCCUUGGUCCUCUGGCUCUGUCAUGAACAAUGCCAAGAAAAUGGAGCACUGUUUGAGACUGGUGCAGGCUGGAUUGCUAAAUUGCGCUGGGAGCGUUCUCUGGGCCGCACUGUGAGACAGAAGAACCAACCCAUGACCCCCGAGGCUGUCAGGGACCAGUGGGACCAGAUCUGUGACUUCACAGAUGCUACCAAGCCGACGAGCUUGCAAGAGUCUAUGAUGUCAAUUGUGAGUGUGCUGUCUCAAGUGGAGUCUGGUGGAGAAGUCAGUGGGAACCCUACAGCUGCAGCAGCCUCGUCUUCAGGGAUCAAUCCUAUUGAGGCAGUGGGCACCAAACUCCCCCCAUCCUCGUUCAGCUACACCCACAUCCAGUGUAUCCUCUAUGCGUUGGGGGUGGGGAUGUCUACCAAGGACCCCGACCAUCUUAGGUUCCUGUAUGAGGGCCAUGAAGACUUUGUCUGCCUCCCCAGUUUUGGGGUCAUUGUGGCCCAGUCAGUUCUGAUGGAGGGGGGGCUGACCUCAGUCCCUGGACUCAACAUAGAUUUCACACAGGUAUUGCACGGAGAGCAGUAUCUGGAGCUUUACAAGCCUUUACCCACCUCAGGGACCCUCACUUCUGAGACCACCAUAGCAGACGUGUUGGACAAAGGAUCAGGAGCCGUCAUCCUAAUGGACGUGAAGACGUUCUGUGGCGAAGAGCUGAUCUGCUUCAACCAGUUCUCAGUGUUUGUGGUGGGGGCCGGGGGCUUCGGGGGGAAGAGGAGCUCGGACAAAGCCAUAGCUCCUCUGCCCCCCCCUCAGCGGGCACCAGAUGCUGUGGUGAUUGAUUCCACCAGCACAGACCAAGCGGCCCUGUACCGUCUGAGUGGGGACUGGAACCCCCUGCACAUAGACCCCAGCUUCGCCGCCAUGGGAGGCUUCCAGGCUCCCAUUCUGCACGGUUUGUGUUCGUUCGGCUUCGCAGCGAGACACGUCCUCAAGCAGUUUGCAGACAACGACCCUUCCAGAUUCAAGGCGAUCAAAGUCCGCUUUGCGAAGCCAGUGAUGCCGGGUCAGUCGAUUCAGACUGAGAUGUGGAAGGAAGGCAACAGAAUUCACAUCCAGUGUAAAGUGAAGGAGACGGACGCUGUGGUGCUGACGGGGGCCUAUGUGGAUCUACAUGGAGCAGCAGAGGCCUCUCCAGAAGACCCCCCUCAAGCAGGGGGUCUUCACAGUGAGCUGGUGUUUGCAGAGAUCGGCCGUCGUAUCAAAGACACGGGCUCGGAGCUGGUGAAAAAGGUGAAUGCUGUGUUCGGCUGGGAGAUCACCAAAGACGGGAAGAUCGCUGCGCAGUGGACCAUUGAUCUGAAGAACGGCAGCGGCUCCCUGCAGAAGGGCCCUCACAGCGGGAAGGCGGAUGUGACCAUCACCGUGUCAGACGAGGACUUCCUGGAGGUGGUGCAGGGGAAACUCAACCCUCAGAAGGCGUUCUUCUCUGGCAAACUGAAGGUUAGAGGGAACAUUAUGCUGAGUCAGAAGCUGGAGGUCAUCCUGAAAGACCACGCCAAGCUGUGAGCUCCUCAGACGACUCCAUUAACUCAGCAGCUCUCUCCGUCCAUGUGUGUCAAUAUGAUUUUCCUCUCCAGGGAGACUUGUGAUUUAUACCGCUUCAGAAUAAAUGUUCUCAUGUAAAAUAACUUUUACUGAAGAUACAAAAUGUAGAAACAUGACUUGAUCAAAUAGACGGUUUACUUAAAUGUAUUCAAUUUCAUCGUUGAGUUCACCGAGUUUGGUCCAUAAGGUCUCUUUGCUUCUGAAAAUGUGCACUUAACUCAACUGCCUUUUUAAGAUCCAAAAAUUAACCAAUACUUUUAAAGAUUUCUUUCAGUUUUCUUUAUCUUAAGAAGAUAGGACACACAGGCUUUAACACAGUCGUCCAACAUUCUGCCCAGAAUUGGGUCAAGGCACUGUUUGAAGUGAUAAUUCAAAUCUAAAACUGUUUUAUGGUCGUAAUUAUUUCAUUAGACUGACUAAUUAUAUAUCUGUUAACUCUGAUACAGCAACCUCAGUUGAACCUUUGAGGAGUGUAAUCAUUUUGUUCAAAAAAUAAAUGAAGUAGUUUCAACUAAAAGCUUAUUUUCAGUAUAUUUAAUACUGCUGGACUAUGGAAGGUAAUUAAAAUGUCUAUAACUUCUAUUUUUAUAACAAUGUAUCGGAUGAUUAUAGUAAAAGGGUUGCUUGCAGUGAUGAAUCCACACAGAAUGAUCGUCUGGAUCUGAAGUUCUCCUCAACUCCAAGGAGCUAUGUCGCUAUUUUCAGCUGGUUUUUGUGUCCGCCUCACAUCCAUACAGCUUAGACUCAAUCCCGAGUUAUUUUUUAGUGACAACACCUUAAAAAAAACAACUUCCCCUGUGGAGUGUAGCACCAGUAGAGGUUUGUUUUGUUUUUGGACACAAGCGGUCCUUUUCUCACACUAUCCCAUUGAUCUGGUGGUGCAAAGAAAUCAAUGUAAACAUAACUGUUUGAGAUAAAGCUCCACAGGAAAAGUGAGUCAUAAAAUGUAUGGAAAUGUAAACUAACUAUGAACAUAUCUUUAUAUCAGUGCAAUGAUGUUGAUUAUGAUAAUGAUUUUGUUUGCUCAAAUAUAAAUAAAGUUAUUCAGACUAAAACAA